UCAGUUCAUCUUUGUCUCAGAAUGAGAGCACUUGUGUUUGCUCUACUGGUGGGAAGAUGCCUGUCUCAGGAUCUCUGUAAUAUUGAUAACAUUGAUAAAUAUGAUUGCGGUUUCAGUGGAACGACCCAGGCUAGCUGUGAAGCUGACGGUUGCUGUUGGGAACCUGCUGCAAGAAAUGGAUCCUUCAAAGACAUUCCUUGGUGCUUCUAUAACAGUGAAUAUGAACCACCUCCAGAUCCCUGUGAUGAUAUAGUUUGGUUCGCAGCAGAUCCAGGAUUCACUCAGGAGUACUAUGAUAUCAUGUAUGAUAACUAUCUUGCUAAUCUUAACAUUGAUGGCUCUGGUGCUGUAGUUGCUGCCCCUGACCAAGAAACACCCGGAGGAUCUUACUACUAUCACUGGAUGAGAGAUGCAGGACUAAGCAUCAAAGCAUGGCUUGACAUUAAUGAUAAUGAUUAUGAUAAAGUACGAGUAGAGCUUGAUGGCUAUGCAGCUUGGGUUGCCAAAGUUCAGCAUAAGACUGAUCCGAAUGGAAUUGAUGUGAGAAUUGAGCCAAAGUUUACAAUUCCUGAUGGAGAACCCUACACAGGAGGUUGGUGCAGACCGCAGACUGAUGGACCAGCCCUUAGGGCCAUGGCCAUGUCUAAAUGGGGAAUGAUCCUGGCAGAGACAGGCAAGGGAGAUCCAUCAAGUAUUUGGGAGAUUGUUAAGUUUGACAUGGCAUGGGUGACUGAAAACUGGAAAGAGCUUGGCUGUGAUUUAUGGGAGGAGGUGAGGUCUGAUGACUUUUUCUUCAAUCGGAUGGCUUACAUUUAUUCCCUCAAUGUUGCAGCUGACUUUGCUGAUAUGAUUGGGGAGAGUGGUGCUGCUUAUAGAACCAAAGCAGAUGAAAUUGCAACAGCAACUAAGUCUCACUGGAAGGAUGGAUUUCUGUAUGAAUCAACUAAUCGUCCAUAUGAUGGCGCAGUUAUUCAUUCAAUCGCAACCUUUGGAGAAUAUCUGUUUCCCCCAGAGUCUGAGGAAGCCGCAGCAACAAUUAAAGUUUUAGCAAAAGCAUUUUGUAGAGAAUAUCCAAUCAAUCAAGAAGAAAUCUAUGCUGGUCUUCCAGGACUCUUAAUUGGACGCUAUCCUGGAGAUUCCUAUGCAGGAGGAAACCCUUGGCAGCUCCUUACUGCUGUUCUAGGAGAGCUGUUUUACCUGGGAGGUAAAGCCACUUUGAAGAGUGUGAGGCAAAGAGGAGAUUACACGCUCAAAUACUCGGCUAACAAGGAAUGGAUGAGCCUUUUGAACCUCAAGGAAGGUGCUACUGCCAGUGACCUGGCUAGAGCUCAAGUUGGUGCAGGUGAUGCUGUGAUGACUAGCUUGUGGUCCCAUGUCCAGGAUGCGGAUGGAAGAAUGGACGAACAGAUUGACAAGCGUACUGGAGUUCAAGCCUCAGCACAGGGAUUAACCUGGAGCUAUGCCAAUAUACUCCAUGCUCUUCAUGUACGAGAGAACUUGGACCCAGGAGAUUUUACAACUUCUGAACCAACUGAAGGAACAACAACUAAGCCUGAUGGACCCACCCCUAGUGGACCCACAGAUGGACCAACUGAUGGACCUACUGAUGGACCAACUACAGAACCUCCAAAGACCUGCUGCAAUGCUGUCAAGUUUGUGUCAACAGGAAACAUAUUCGCUGAAUAUCCUGAGUUUGUCGGGAACUACAGGCAGAUUGCAACUGAUGACAAAGAUAGGAAGGUUUUUCAGCAUAUCUCUAGUGGAGCACAUCUUCAUUAUGUAGAGGACAUUCAUUAUAAGUAUGAAGCCUGGAUAUUCUCUGCUACUCCUGAAGAUACCACUGGUGAUGUUGCAAAUGAGAAUCCUGGAGAUUGUGCAGAUUCUGCUGGUCAAGAAUGGGCUCUGCUGAGAGAGGAUAGUUGGGUUGUAGAUUCUACAGCACAGGUUUUGUGUGAUGGGUCUAACGUUGUAUGCUGUGAUUCUGUCAGUUUGGAAUCUAAAGGAGCCGUAGAAGACAAGUUUCCUGAACUUUUGGGAGUAUAUCAACAAACACAGCUUAAGAAAGGCGGGCAGCCUGUGUACAUGAAGGGAGAUUAUUAUCUCUACUAUCUUCAGGAUAUUCCUCAUCAUUAUGAAGGCUGGACAAUUGCCUCAAGUAUGUCUGAGUUGGGUCAUGUAACAAAUACAAAUAGUCCAGACUGCCCAGAAAAUGAAGGAUGGGAGUAUGAUGAUAACAACAAUUGGUCAAUUGAUCCUACCUUUAAAGUUACGUGUGCUUAGAUAAUAUUUUCAUAUUUAUCCUUAACACUUGAUACACUUGAACAAAUAAACAUUUGUACUUAUUUCUAA